AACUUAGCACCGCCGCGGUACCGAGUGAGCGAAUCCGCAUUGGAUCCCAAUUCUUGCCCUUGCCAUCCUUCUUUCUUCCCACUUGGCGCAACCAACACUUGAUCUGGGUACUUGUGUUGAUCUUCACUCUCUUUUUCUUGGGCGACCGACUUUUUAUAUCUGUUCUUGCUUCCCCCUGGUCGCUGUCGUUCUUUCUACGACUACCUUCCGUUCAUUAUCCCCUUUCUUGGUUCGGUCGAGGACCAAAAACAGAACAAUUCCGGCUCUUCCAGGCGGCUUGGGUGCGACUUUUUAGCUCUUGACCACUACAAGCCACUUACCUUCUCUUGAUGUUUUUAUUUGGAUAUCAUUAAACUACUCUUUCUUGACACGGCAGACGAACGGAACAGUUUUUACGGUUUACUAACGAUAUACGUUGUGUUGAUAUCCUGAGAAAGAAGAGGCAAAUCAUCAAUUAUGCAUCUCCCAUCGUCGCUGCUCAUCGCAGCUCCCUUGCUCGCCAAUGUGUCGGCCGAACCCAUUAGGAUACCCCAACGCGAUGUCUCCGUGGUAUCAACAUCACAGCAACUUGCCGUUCGAGCACUACCGGAUUCGCCCAGCGGUGGGUAUGCCCCCGCCGUUGUAGACUGUCCCAAGACCAAGCCGACGCUCCGGAAGGCCCUGGAUUUGUCGAACGAGGAGAAGGACUGGUUGUCGAUCCGAAGGAAGAACACCAUCGAGCCCAUGAGGGACCUACUGAAGAGGGCCAACAUCACUGGGUUUGAUUCCGAGACUUUUAUGAAUGAGGCCGCCAAGAACAUCUCGCAACUGCCCAAUGUCGCCAUUGCCAUUUCAGGAGGCGGCUAUCGUGCCCUCAUGAACGGCGCCGGCUUCGUUGCUGCUGCGGAUAACCGGAUUCAAAAUACCACAGGCGCAGGUGGUAUUGGAGGCUUGUUGCAGUCCAGCACAUAUUUGGCCGGACUUUCUGGUGGUGGCUGGCUUGUCGGCAGUUUGUUCUCCAACAACUUCAGCAGCAUUGAGACCCUGCUGAGCGAGAAUAAAGUCUGGGACUUUGAGAACUCCAUCUUUAAAGGACCCAAGGAGGCUGGCAUUAGUACUGUCAACCGCAUCCAGUAUUGGUCCGAAGUGGCAAAGGAAGUUGCGAAGAAGAAGGAUGCUGGCUUCGAGACAAGUAUAACAGACUACUGGGGCCGAGCAUUGAGUUACCAACUGAUCGGAGCCGAUAUGGGCGGCCCGGCUUACACCUUCUCCAGCAUUGCCCAGACCGACAACUUCCAGAAGGCCGAAACGCCGUUCCCUAUUCUGGUAGCUGACGGCCGCGCGCCUGGAGACACCAUCAUCUCCCUCAAUGCUACCAACUACGAGUUCAACCCGUUCGAGACGGGUAGCUGGGACCCGACCGUCUUUGGCUUUGCGCCGACCAAGUACCUCGGCGCCAACUUCAGCAACGGCGUGAUCCCAUCGGGAGGCAAGUGCGUUCAGGGUCUCGACCAAGCCGGCUUCGUCAUGGGCACCAGCAGCACGCUCUUCAACCAGUUCCUUUUGGCCAACAUCUCCAGCUACGACGGUGUGCCAGACGUGCUCAUCGAGGCCGUGACUUCUGUCCUCAAGGAAAUCGGCGCGAAGAGGGACGACGUCUCCCAAAUCAUCCCUAAUCCGUUCCUGGACUGGAAUAACCGGACCAACCCCAACGCCGACACGCUCGAGCUCGACCUGGUCGACGGCGGCGAAGAUCUGCAGAAUAUUCCGCUCAACCCGCUCACCCAACCCGUACGCGCCGUGGACGUCAUCUUCGCUGUCGACUCGUCCGCCGACGUGACAAACUGGCCCAAUGGCACCGCCCUGCGCGCCACCUACGAGCGCACUUUCGGCUCUAUUUCCAACGGGACACUUUUCCCCUCGAUCCCCGACGACUGGACUUUUGUAAACCUAGGCCUCAAUAACCGCCCCUCUUUCUUCGGCUGCGAUGUUAAGAACUUUACCUUGAAUGCCAACCAAAAGGUUCCCCCCUUAAUCGUCUAUGUCCCCAACGCGCCCUAUACCGCGCUGAGCAACGUGUCCACCUUCGAUCCGUCAUACACCAUGUCUCAGCGCAACGACAUCAUCGGCAACGGAUGGAACUCAGCCACACAGGGGAACGGCACGCUGGAUUCGGAGUGGCCUACUUGCGUCGCCUGCGCGGUUAUCAGCAGGAGCUUAGAUCGGUUGGGCAGGCAGACGCCAGCCGCGUGCAAGACUUGCUUUGAGAGGUAUUGCUGGAAUGGCACAGUGAACUCAAAAGAUACGGGGGUUUACAUGCCUGAGUUCAAGAUUGCGGAUGCGCAUGCCCAGGACUCGGGUGCUGUUGCUAUCGGAAAGAUGGUGAAUGUCUGGUCGUCGGUUGUGGUGGGAGUUGUGGCGGCUACUUUGUUGUUGUAGGGGAAGGGGAGACAUGAUGAUAUUUCAGUCUGAUCAAGUUGAGACUGGACUGGACAUCGCCAAGAAUGAGGAGGGAAAGGGAUGCGUGGUGUUAAUGUCAUGAUGGAUGAAGGAUCAUGGAUCAUGGAACGACGGGAAUAUUGGAUGAUGGAUAUACCACACUGCAUGCAUGCUCUAUUGAUAGUAUACUUUGGCAUUUACGUUCAACAAUCAAUUUACUCCAUCCUGGUGUU